AUGAACAAGGAUGACAGUGCUCAACUCUUUUAUGGAGACCGCUGUGUCGCCAGCUCCGCGCGCAGCGCUUGGAGGAUUGCCUACUUGCGGCGCUCGCUGGUGUCAUCCAAAUUGCGGAAUGAGUCGACCAUGCCCGGCGCGAUGCUGGCACACCAGGCCAUCCGCGACCGGCUGCUGGACGGCAAUUCCAUGGCCCCAAUCACGCAGGAAAGUUUCCUCGCCCUGCUGGGAUUCUACUGCUGCCGUCCUUGUCGUCCGGUGCUCGAGGCUGCCAGUGAUGGCGAUGACGGUACGAUCUUCGGCAUCAAUACCCUCAAGGCCAUGUUGGCAUGCGGGGUGGAUGAGCUCGCCUGGGUGCAGCGGCCCGUGUUCGGCUUCUUCCACCGCGUCCUAUCAUCAUCAUCCAACCACCACCACCUCCACCACUCUUCCACGAAAGGCGGCCCACGCGACUUCCAGGCCGUGCAAUGCCAGGCCGCUUCCUUGGGCGAGGCGACCCAGAUCAUUGCCCGCGCCCUCAUCGCCAAGCUUGUGCGCAGCCUCUCCGGGCUGGCGGAGGAGGGGUCAACCCCAAGGGCCCAAUCGGUCUUCCAAGCCGAGGUCUCGACGUUCGAGAUCCCGGGCGGCAUGGGCUUUGACCGCGUGGGCCGGUUGGUGGCCAUUCGGAGCCUGUUGAAAAAGGGGUGGGUUGGACAGGGGCGUCGGGUACUUACUGUGGUGGAGAUGACAUUCCGUCGUAGGAGGAGAACCGGAAGGAUCUAUCUACCAUCGUCUGCCACUUAA